AUGGCUCUCAUGUAUGGGAAGGAAAAAGAUGCAGAGCAUGAACUGACCUCUGACCCCGGUUUCGUUGCAUUCUUUUCCAAGCUCCCAAAGAAAUCUCCUGAAACUGGAACGGUCCGCCUAUUCGAUCGCACAGACUACUACUCUGUUCAUGGGCAGGAUGCUCACUACGUUGCAACGCACGUCUUUCGCACCAACUCCGUCCUCAAGUAUCUAGGUGCUGGAGGCAAGGCUGGUGGUCUUCCGAGCGUGACGCUCAGCCUUACCCUGGCUCACUCUUUUUUGCGGGAUGCUCUCACAUCUAAACAGCUGCGCGUAGAAAUUUGGGUGCCCGCGCCAGGGCAGGGAAGGAAAGCUUCCAAAUUCGUUUUGGAAAAAGAGGCAUCACCUGGAAAUCUCCAAGCUGUGGAAGAUCUUCUUUUUGUCAACUCUGAUGUCACAUCGGCACCUAUCGUUUUAGCUGUCAAAAUAUCGUCAUCUUCAGUCACGAACAAAGCCAAGACCAAGUCGGUCGGCAUUGCCUUUGCGGACACCAGUGUGAGGGAGUUCGGAGUUGCUGAUUUCAUUGACAACGAUCUUUUCUCGAAUCUUGAGUCUCUUGUCAUACAGCUUUCAGUUAAAGAAGCUAUUAUUCCCACUGGAACAGUAUCUGGGACAACAGACCGUGACCUCGACUUGAGCAAGCUAAAAGCCGUGUUCGAGAGGUGCACCGUUGUUGUGACCGAACGUAAACCAACUGAGCUCUCACUUCCUUCGGCCCCGUCUGCACUUUCUGCCUUGAUCAGCUAUCUUUCUCUUCUCUCUGACCCCUCCAAUCAUGGGGCAUACAAGUUACGGACACACGAUCUAGCACGAUAUAUGCGCUUGGAUGCCAGUGCUUUGCGUGCACUGAAUCUGAUUGACGCUCCUGGGAGUGCUGGAAGUAUCAAUAAGCACGCAACUCUCCUUGGUCUGCUAAAUAAAUGCAAAACUGCUCAAGGAACUAGGCUUCUCGGGACAUGGCUUAAACAACCCUUGAUAAAUCUGCACGAAAUACGUAAACGGCAAGACCUCGUGGAGACAUUUGUGGAUGACGGAUCUUCUCGGAGAACGCUGCAGGAUGACUACUUGAAGCUGAUGCCUGACCUCCACCGGCUAAGUAAACGAUUCAAGAAAUCUAUCGCGUCUCUUGAGGAUGUUGUGCGGGCGUAUCAAGUGGUCCUCAAGCUGCCUGGUUUGCUUGAGGCUCUCGAGGGCGUCCAGUACGAACACGAGGAGCACAAGGAGCUUAUCGAUGAAGUUUAUAUCAAGCCUUUCCAGACUGUCAACGACAAUCUUGUUAAAUAUGGCGAGAUGGUCGAGUCAACGCUAGAUCUUGAAGAACUCGAAAAUCAUAAUUACGCGAUCAAACCUGAUUAUGAUGAGCGUCUGCAAGCUCUGGCAGAUAAACUUGUGGAGAUCCGGGAUGGUCUUGAUGCCGAACAUCGUGCAACCGGCAAGGAUCUUGAUCUUGAUCUCGAGAAGAAGCUGCACCUUGAGAACUCCCAGAACUAUGGAUACUGCUUCAGGUUGACGAAGAAUGACGCGAAAGCCAUCAUGCGGAACAGUAAAUAUAUCGAACUCGGGACUGUCAAGAGCGGAGUCUACUUCACGACCAAGAAGCUGAAAGCACUUUCCACGGACCAUCAAGAGACUACGCAUGAAUAUCAACGAACGCAGAGCGGGUUGGUGAAGGAAGUUGUCAGCAUCGCAUCGACAUAUACGCCCGUGCUAGAGAAUCUUGACCACAUCAUUGCACACCUAGAUGUUAUCCUCAGUUUCGCUCAUGUUUCUGUAAACGCUCCUGAGCCAUACGUGAAACCAAAGGUCCUGGAGAAAGGCUACGGUUUAAUAUUGCGCGACGCGCGGCAUCCUUGCCUUGAAGUUCAGGACGACAUCAGCUUCAUUCCAAAUGAUGUAGAAAUGGUGAAGGGCGAGGGCGAAUUUCAGAUCAUCACUGGUCCUAACAUGGGCGGAAAGAGCACGUAUAUCCGUCAGGUUGGAGUCAUUGCUCUCAUGGCACAGACCGGCUGCUUUGUUCCUUGCUCGGAGGCAACCUUGCCGAUUUUUGAUUCUGUGCUUUGUCGAGUAGGUGCAGGUGACAGUCAGCUGAAAGGCGUCUCGACUUUCAUGGCCGAGAUGCUUGAGACUGCUUCGAUCCUCCGAUCUGCUACUCAAGAUUCUCUGAUUAUCAUUGACGAGCUCGGUCGCGGAACAUCAACGUAUGACGGAUUCGGCCUCGCAUGGUCUAUAUCUGAGCAUAUUGCAUCCAACAUCCGCGCUUUCUGUUUGUUUGCCACUCACUUUCACGAGUUGACUGCCCUCGACCAGGAGCUUCCUCACGUGAAAAACCUCCACGUCGUAGCUCAUGUGAACCAAGAAGAUGCAUCUGCGCCGCGCGAGAGGGACAUCACGCUCUUGUACAAGGUCGAACCAGGCGUUUCGGACCAAAGCUUCGGUAUCCACGUUGCGCAACUGGCCAACUUCCCUGAAAAUGUGGUCAAACAUUCGGACGAAGUCACCGAGGAGGGCAUCCAAAUCAUCGAGGAGUUGUUGAAAAAGUGGGCCUCCGAGUCUUCAGCUGACGAUGAGGACGUCAUGAUGGAUGAUGUAUCGCACGAGGCUCAGCUGGCUGAACUGCAGCGAUGUGUCGAAGAGUUCAGACCACGCAUAGAACAAAAUGCGUGGGUACAGUCACUACUCACGGCUUUCUGA